AUGCUUCUAGCAGGUUUCACGUCUGCUUCGCGUUCAUGGUUUAUUACAUUAGCAACAAGAGGGAUUCUUCUUCUUCUUCCCUUUCUUCUUCCUCGCAUUUUCCUCUGUGUUUAUUCUUUUUCUUCACAAUGUUCUUCUUUGCAUUCCUUCUUUUCCUACGCACCUUCAUCGUCAUAUUUCUUCUUCGUAUUUUUCUUUUUCACCUUUUUCAUCAUAUCUAUUAUUUUUUAUUCUGCAAUUUCUCUUUCUUCUUCGAAUUUAUUCUUCUUUGUUUUUACAUUUCUUCAUCGCAUGCUUUCCUUAUUUCUUCUGCUUAUUCUUUGUCGAAUUUUUUUUAUUAUUAUUCUUAUUUUUUCAUUUUCGCAUUUUUUUUCUUUUUGUUAUUUUAUUUCUUCUCCGCAUUUUCUUCUUGCCAUUUUUUCUUCAUUUCAUUAUUCACAUUUGUCUUAUUCGCAUUUCUUCGUAUUCUUAUUCCUUUCAAUUCGUCCGAAGCUUUUCUUUCUUGUUCUUUUCUUCAUUCUUCUUUUAUUUUUCUUUCUUUACGUUGACCUUUUUUUCUUCACUCUCUACUUAUGUCUUCCUUUCCACUCAUUUAUAUUCUUUCUUUCUUCUCAUCUACUUUUUCCUUUUCUUCCUUCCUAUCUCUUUCUCCCCUCUCUUUUCAGCGCUCUUUCUCUCUUUCGCUCUUUGACACUCCAUCUUCUCUAG